AUGGUAACAAGCAUCCUAACCCUCAUCGCCGCGGUCCCCGCCUCCUCUGGCGUCACGUGCCUCCUUACCCUUCCCCUUAUAAUUGCGGGUAGUACAUUGCAACAUGUCGCGAGCCCAAAUUUGUUCAGUCCGAACCAGGAACUAACUGCUGAGGGCAUCUCAUCCCAGUCCCUUUUCUCAACCGAACUCGCCGCCCUCCCCAACAUCCCAGCCGUUCUAACCUACUAUCGCAAUAUUAUCCGCGAGCGAAUCACCGCUGUACACCAGUACGUCGGCGUCGCCGCGAUCGCGCGGGGGUUAGAGAUCCUCGAGAAAGUGUGGGCGACGUCAGAUUUGGGAUAUGCUGUCGGGGAGAUCUGGAAUGACGAAGAUACAGACGGAGACAUGGAGGAGAAAGGAGGAGAAAAAUGGAACGGUUUUGUGCUCUGGACGGACGUUAUGGUCGACGAGCGGUUGGAGACGAUUUUUGGCUGA